AUGGCCACAGUGAUCUUCAAAUACACAACUGAAUCCCACAUUUUAUUCUUCAGAGUUACUGCCUGGACUCCUGGGUCGAGAGGAGGGAGCUGGCAGGUCCCUGACGUUGCUGCGUCCUCACAGGUGUACGAGCAGCUCUACGACACGCUGGACAUCACCGGCAGCGCCGAGAUCCGGGCCCACGCCACGGCCAAGGCCACCGUUGCUGCCUUCACCGCCAGUGAGGGGCACGCACAUCCCAGGGUAGUGGAGCUGCCCAAGACGGAGGAGGGCCUGGGCUUCAACAUCAUGGGGGGCAAGGAGCAGAACUCGCCCAUCUAUAUCUCCCGUGUCAUUCCCGGGGGUGUGGCUGACCGCCACGGAGGCCUCAAGCGUGGGGACCAGCUGCUGUCGGUAAACGGUGUGAGCGUGGAGGGCGAGCAGCAUGAGAAGGCUGUGGAGCUGCUGAAGGCGGCCCAGGGCUCGGUGAAGCUGGUGGUGCGUUACACACCCCGCGUGCUGGAGGAGAUGGAGGCCCGCUUUGAGAAGAUGCGCUCUGCGCGCCGGCGCCAGCAGCACCAGAGCUACUCGUCCUUGGAGUCCUGAGGCUGAGACCACAGACCUGGACCCUCCCGCUCUCCCUCCCCCUGUACAGUAUUUAUUGUCACCGGCUCCGUGUUUAAAGAUCUUUGCCCCUCA